AUGGACACUUUGAGCAAGAAUACGAAUACAAAUUUAAGUUCGUCUUUCAAAGAUGACGAUACGAAAUCGAGCAGUAAUGUUCUUUCGAACGAACAUUAUGACCUUAAACUCGAAAAAAGUAAUAUUCUCAUGCUCGGACCAACCGGUUCAGGUAAAACACUUCUUGCUCAAACAAUCGCAAAGUGUUUGGAUGUACCCUUUGCUAUUUGUGAUUGUACAAGUCUGACACAAGCUGGUUAUGUUGGUGAAGAUGUCGAAUCUGUCAUUGCAAAAUUGCUUGAAGAUGCUAAUUAUAAUGUUGAACGAUGUCAGCAAGGUAUUGUAUUUUUGGAUGAAGUUGAUAAAAUUGGUAGUGUGCCGGGUGUUCAUCAACUCCGUGACGUAGGAGGUGAAGGUGUACAACAAGCAUUGCUAAAAAUGCUUGAAGGUACUAUUGUAAAUGUUCCGGAAAAAAAUUCUCGAAAGAUGCGUGGUGAAACGAUUCAAGUGGACACGACAAACAUUUUGUUUGUCGCAUCGGGUGCUUAUGCAGGUUUAGAUAAAAUCAUCGGUCGACGUAAGAAGGAGAAAUAUAUUGGUUUUGGUUCAACAUCAAAUGAAACACCGUCUCGUCGACGUGCGACACAACUUGAUCUGCAGGAGCAAAAUGAUAAUAAUAACGAGAAGGUGAUUAUUGAAGAAAACUUAGAACGUGAUAAACACUUACAAGAAUGUGAAUCGAGUGAUCUCAUUGAAUUCGGUAUGAUUCCGGAGUUUGUUGGAAGAUUACCUAUAGUCGUGGCAUUUCACAGUUUGAAUGAAGAUAUGCUCGUUCGUGUUUUAACCGAACCGCGGAAUGCAUAUGUACCACAAUACCAAACACUUUUUCAAAUGGAUAAGGUUCAAUUGGAUUUUACGGAUGGUGCUCUUCGUUCAAUUGCGAAAAAAGCUGUCGAACGUCGUACCGGGGCUCGUGGUUUACGUUCAAUACUAGAACGUAUUUUACUUCAACCCAUGUUCGAUAUUCCUGAUUCUGACAUUGUCGGUGUUCGCGUCGACGAAGAAGCAGUCAAAAACAAUAAAUGUCCUGAGUAUAUUAGUUCACGUCAGGCAUCAUCAACUACCGAUGAGGACGAGAUGUUCUCAAAUUCAGCUGACAUCAAGCAGAAGCAAACUCAUGAUAAUAAAAUUUCCAUCCCAACCGGUUGA